CUGAUUGUGCGUUUCCUAACCAAGCGUUAUAUUGGCGAAUAUGAUCAUCAAACAGAAAAUCGAUACAAACACGAAGCGAUGGUGGAUGGGGAGCCGGUGCUUUUUGAAAUACUAGACACAUGCCCCAAGGCCGAUGACGAAUUCCCUAAUGCCGCCGAAUUACUGCAAUGGGCUGAUGGCCUGCUACUUGUCUACUCCAUCACCGAUCGCUGCUCUUUCAAUUAUAUAAGACGCGCCAAAUCUGACAUACAAUCCGAUUCGCCCGUUCAGCUGGUGGCCAAUAAAGUCGAUAUGGUGCAUUUGCGUCAGGUGAGCCGCGACGAGGGUGAAAUUCUAGCCAAAGACUUUGAAUGUAAAUUCAGCGAAGUAUCAGCGGCGGAUCAUGUCGAUCAGGUGGCCGAAGUCUUUCACGAACUGUGCAAGGAAGUGCUGGCGUCGAAGCGAAAAUCGAAACAGAGUCUAUUGGAACGUAUGCUGGGCGGUGCGCGACCCUAUAGUCGAGGGAAGAGUGACAGUAAUUUGCCGAAAGACUGAUGAAUAUACAUACAUACAUAUAUGGCAGAAGUGUUGAAACGGUGGGCUAGAUGUGGACAGAGAGCUGUUGAAAAUUAGGAAACCACCAGCGUUUAUGAAGUGUUAAUGAACCAGGUGCCAUACAUAAAACAUAUUCUAAUUAUUGAGCUCGCAUCUACAAGUUAAAUUAAAAGAAUCAUCAAAAAUGUUCGAACUCCAUUUUCUCACUUUUAUUGUUUAGUUCAGCAUAGUU